AGUGUUGAUACUACUUUUUCUUGAGCUGGACAAUGACCAUGGAGGAAAUAGGUGAAGGAGAAGGUAACCACGGAAUGAGUGUUAAGGGAAAUACGAUGAAAGUUGCCGUCAUAGGUUCCGGUCUUGCCGGAUUGACCACAGCUUAUUUAUUACGACAGGAGGGUUAUAGGGUUUAUUUAAUUGAAAAAUCUAACAGAUUAGGCUUUCAUUCGUCAUCGGUUAACAUUCCCUUCAACAACUGCCGAUUUACCUCUGGGCCAAAUACCAAGGACGAGACAAUUAGGGCUGAGGUAGGAGAAGAGUACCAGAAUGACAAUAAAGUGCAGGUUGAAGAGAAUGACGAGGAAAGGGAAAGUGAGAAAUGGAUAGUAGACGUUCCUAUGAGAAGUUUUCAAGGUGGCUACUAUCCCCACCUACUAGCUCUUUAUCGUCAUUUAAACUUACCUCUGAUCCCUAUAGAUUACACCUUCUCAUUCUCUCAUUUCUUCCCUUCCUCCUCUGUCCCAAUUAGAGAUACCGAGAAAUCGUACGACCCGCAAAACCCUUCUUCCACUCGUCUAAACGACCCAGACUACACCCAAGAAACCCACUUUAUACAUUCUGGUAAUUCCGGAAUCUCUCUUCCAUCUCUUCCAUCGAACUCAUAUUCCUCCCUAUCCUCUUUCUUCCAAAACAUCACAAGAUGGUUCAAGAACGCAAUGUGUUUCAUUAUCCUUCUUUUCCUUUCUACUCUUUCGGCAAAUCAUUUUCUUCCCACAACACUUCGAAAGACAACAUUACGACAAUUCACAUUGAUAAUCUCGAAUUAUCUGUCAAAUCCAUUCUUG